AUCAGCUUCCUCCUUCCCAAUUCAUGGCAUCACUAUCACCGUUUCAGACGCUACUUCCCAGAACUUGUUCAUCCACUUCACUUUCAGCGCCUGCAUCAUCAGGUUCUUCUUCUCUUUCACUAUUUUCAGGCUCAAAGGGCACAUCAUGGAGUGUGAUUCCCACUAAGAACAAACGGAACACACCUUCCACGGUGGUUGCUGCCGUCGGAGAUCUCUCUUCCGAUAGCACCACCUACCUCAUCGCAGGCGCUAUCGGUGUGGCCCUCGUUGGAACUGCCUUUCCCAUCUUCUUCUCUCGCAAGGACACAUGCCCUGAAUGUGACGGAGCAGGGUUUGUUCGGAAGGCAGGGGCGACUUUGAGAGCAAAUGCGGCAAGAAAGGACCAAGCUCAAAUCGUUUGUGCACGCUGCAAUGGUCUUGGAAAACUUAACCAAAUUGACAAAUAGAGAAAACCUCUUGCUCGUGUAGUUAUGCAAGCUUCUCUAAACUUUUUUCUUUCUGGCACUUGAAGCUUUUCUGUUUGUAACAAUCCCUGAUGAAUAUAAUAGUUCUUUUUUCAACUCUUGCUGUCUUGGAUUAAAGUUUUUUUUUCGAAUACUUGUUCGCACCUGAUGCUUAUCUGUUUUGUAACAAUGUCUUGUGCCUGAGGAAUGUGAUUGUUGUUCUCGACUUUCUCUGUUUUGGUAUGAAUAGAAGUUAAAGAAGGAUAUUGUUUUAUA